UCUUCGUACUUGGAGCUUCAGGGACUGAUCAUUUCUCAGCCCCUGGGGAGAGAUUCCUGGCUCAAGGAAGUGAAAAUAAUGAACUAUUGGAGGUACUACCUUUUUGCUUUCACUGUGCUCAGUGUGGUUAUUUUUGUGAUCCGUUACAACAGCUGGUUAAGCCUGCCCAAGAGGAGGCUGAAUGGUUCCAGUGAAAGGUAUUCUGUGGUAAGUGCCUGUGAGGACGCCUUAGAAGACAAGUCCACUUUUCUCUGGGAGAACACGUUGACAUCACCUUUGGGAAGUGUCCCUUGCAAGGACUACCUGAUCCAGAACCACUACAUCACAAGGCCCCUGUCGGAGGAAGAAGUGGCGUUCCCUUUGGCGUAUGUCAUGGUCAUCCACAAAGAAUUCCAUACCUUUGAAAGGCUCUUCAGGGCUAUCUACAUGCCCCAGAAUGUCUACUGUGUUCAUGUGGAUGAAAAAGCUGCAGCAGAGUUCAAGAAAUCUGUGUGGCAGUUACUGAGCUGCUUCCCAAAUGCCUUUAUUGCUUCAAAGAUCGAGCCCGUGGUCUACGCUGGGAUUUCCAGGCUCCAGGCCGACCUGAACUGCCUGAGAGACCUGGUGGCCUCGGAGGUCCCCUGGAAGUACGCCAUCAACACCUGUGGGCAAGAUUUCCCCCUGAAAACCAACAAGGAAAUAGUUCAGUAUCUGAAAGGAUUUAAAGGGAAAAACAUUACCCCUGGGGUGCUGCCCCCAGCUCAUGCCAUUGGACGGACUAAGUAUGUCCACCGAGAGCACAUAGGCAAAGAUGGCUCUUUUGUGAAAAACACUAAUGUUUUGAAAACGUCUCCUCCACAUCAGCUGACGAUUUACUUUGGCACUGCCUAUGUGGCCCUCACCAGAGAGUUUGUCAACUUUGUCUUUCAGGACAAAAGGGCCAUUGAUCUACUACAAUGGUCAAAAGAUACCUAUAGUCCUGAUGAACAUUUCUGGGUGACGCUUAAUAGGAUUCCAAGUGUCCCUGGCUCCAUGCCCAAUGCAUCAUGGACUGGUAACCUCAGAGCCAUCAAGUGGAUUGACAUGGAAGACAAGCACGGAGGCUGCCACGGCCACUACGUCCGUGGCAUUUGUAUCUAUGGAAAUGGAGACUUAAAGUGGUUGAUUAAUUCGCCAAGCCUUUUCGCUAACAAGUUUGAGCUUACGACGUACCCCCUUACUGUGGAAUGCCUAGAACUGAGGCUUCGAGAAAGAACCCUAAAUCAGAGUGAGACUGCAAUACAACCCAGCUGGUAUUUUUGAUCCACUGCAACUCCUAAUAGAAGGGAAGUUGCCCUUGGGAUGAAGAGCCUUUGUGAGGGGACUUUGCCUUGGCUAAGGGUUCAGGACUGAGGUCGUGGCUUCAGGACCUGGCUCCACCCCUCUAAGUUGAAAUAUCCACUGGACACUGUGAACUACGCCAACAGGAGGCUGCACAGAGCGGCCCUGGCACUUUGGCCACUCUGGCUGUUUCCUGAUGCUCACUUCUGUGUCCACUUGUUCUCUGAUCAAUGAUCAAUUUCACUGUCGUCACUCUUUACACCAGAAACUCAUCCUAAUAUAAAUGUUCUGAUCAAAAGGAGAAUCAUAGGUAAUAUGAUUUAGGAAAAUAAGGAUUGGGUUUCUUUGAAGAGCGAAUCUUUUAUAACAGAUCCACAACCACAUAUUAAUGGACACUACUCUUCUUUGCUCAACUGCACAUAGACAUAUAAGCAGCUUUUAGGUAACUCACCAACCUCCUUUAAAACUUGAGCUAUUAGAACUGAGAACUAGAUCCUGUUCCUGAGUUUUAACACAAGCAUUUUCAGUUUACUUGUCUGAAGGUCUGUAUAGACUAUAAAGUCAUUAACCGGAGGCAGGGCGUGCCUUAAGCAUCACUGCCUGCUGCUUCAGUAGAAGGCCCCCGGGAGACAGACUAUUUCUCGAUUAUGUCAGAAUGUGCUCUGAUCCCUCUUCCGUAACUUUUCAUUGAGAACGCUGGAAAGUUCUCACAGAAUGAAGAUACUCCUCGAAGAGAGGUGGUACUGCAUGGAUCUAGUCUCAAAUCCCUUAUACCUCAGAAUGAGUCACUUUCCUCUUCUGCCACCCCCCUCCACCCCCACCAAAAUUAUCUUAUGUGCAAAAUGGAAACCAAAUGCUGUCCUGUGAGGCUUUAACAACUCCAUAGUGUUCUCUGAGUGGCUUAACAAUGCCUGGUGCUGAUAAGAACGCCUAGAUUUUUAAGAGCUUUCAGUUGUGAGUGAGCAUCCCUGCCACGUAUCCGUUGUCCAUUCCCUCCUCUAAUUCGCCCAGCAUGCAGUCAGUAAAUAUUUCUCGAGUGUCUAUUAUACACCUGACACGUGCUGAGACAAGGCAGGGAAAAUAAGACACAAGCUUUUCACUCUAAAAAUCUUGGUAAUAAUGUUAACGUUGGGAAGACUGCUCUAGAGAACCUUAGGUAAUGGUUGUAUUUUAAGACAUUCAUAUGUAGGAUUGUAAAUUGUGAUAUCGGAUCAAGGAUCUCAGUAAUUACAAAUUAAGGUUUAAAUCAGAGAUUACUCAAAAGAGUGAAGGGAAGGAGGAGACGGGAAGCUAAAAAGCCUACGUGUUCAAGGCAUUCUGCCAGCUCACUGCAUUCAAACCUCACAAGGCCCUUGUGAGGUCCUCAUGACCCCCGUUUUUGCAGAUGAAGUAGCUGAGGCUUAGAGAGGUUGUUACUGAGGCUUAGGAAACAAGCUCUCUGUCUGACAGGUGGGAUUCUCCUACUGGCCUUAGGUCAUUUCCUGAGGUGGAAUAUUAACGAAGGUGAAAUAUAGCCAUAUUUAGUAUACCAGAGAAGGUACGUUUGAAGAAUGAUCUCAGUGUUAAUAUUGAGAAAAAGUCCUGUCGCCUCAGAAAAAUGUGAAGUCUACUUUUGUAUUCCUCUAAUCCACUGGGCUCCUUAAUAUUUAUUUAUUCUGAUGAAAAACAGCUACUCCAGCUAAUGAUGCAUUUAAUUAACACAUUUUUUCUUUUUUUCCUGUAAUUGUGCCUGUCGAAUGUUAAUCCUAUUUAAAAGGAAUGACUUCGAAAGAAAGCCGUCUUUGUUCCUGCUGCUUAGAAAGAUGGACGUGUAUUGGGUGGUAAAGGGCUGAGGGGUAGGGAACACCGAGAGCUCAUGGCAGAGUCAGUUUGCAACUUAUUUAAAUGAUACCACCUGAGAAGUAAUGUUUUACACUGGAUCUUUCUCACAUAGAAUGAGAAAUAUUUUGGAAUAGAUGUUUACAUGUCUGUUGUUGGUCAUCUCUCCUGUGUCUUUAAUACUUUAAUGUUGGAAGAGUGUAGUGUUGGGUAGUGGGUUUCUCCUCCCCUUGGAGAUGCCCCAAAACUACUGAAUCUGUCUCUGUUUUUGAUGCUGUUCCAUGUUGUUUUCUUGGAAAUAAAUUAAUAUAUUGUUUUCCACCUUUGGGGCUGUUGUGUAUUUUUAUUUGAUGGUUGGUUAAUAUCCACUAAAGAGCAUUUUUAACAUGUUUAACAUGCUCCUAGUACUUAAAAAAUACAUAAAUAAGCACAUUCAUACAAUCACACAUGCCUGUCUAAAAAACAUCUGUCCACUGAAAAAUAAUUAAACUUUCCCUUUUGGGGGUGUCAGGAGAGUUUUGAGAAUGAUAAGAAAGAGAAUAUAAUGGAAGCUCAAUUUCAUUGAAAUUAGGUACAACUAUUU